AUGUCUCAGGACAGCUUCUACAAGUGGAACUCACCCGAGCAAAUCGCCCUCGCCUUUGCAAACGAAAAGGAUUUCGAUCACCCGGACUCUUUAGACCUUGACCUCUUUGCCAAAUGUUUGCGUGAUCUCAAACGCAAUAGGCAAACCAAUGUUCCCGUGUAUUCAUUCUCGUUGCACCAGCGCUUGGACGAAACCCAGUACCUCUAUGGGGCAGCCAUUAUCAUCGUCGAGGGUAUCUUAGCAUUGCACGAUUCAGAACUCAGAAAUCUAUAUGACCUCAAGCUCUUCGUUCAAUGCGAUUCCGACUUGAUGCUCGCUCGUCGCAUCCGACGCGACGUCGCAGAACGUGGUCGGGACGUAAACGGUGUCAUUGACCAGUACCUUCGAUUCGUCAAGCCUUCAUUUGACAACUUUGUCCAACCAAGUUCACGGUAUGCAGACGUCAUUUUGCCACCCAAGGAGAAUAUGGAAGGCAUCAACCUCGUCGUCGAAUACAUUCGCCGCAAACUCGCUGAGCGAAGCUCUAAUCUACGAGAAAGGAUGGCCCUUACCGAACGGCUGCUGAGCCAUACAUCGACACCCGUCCCGGCAUCUUCAGUAAAAUACGAUACCUCUAUCGAGUCAAUGCAAAGGGCUGCUGAAGGUCUUGGUGUGCAGCUACUCCCGCAGACGCCGCAAGUCAGAGGAAUCUAUACGCUGCUCAGAGAUGAAAAGUGCAGCAAGGAAGAUUUCAUCUUCUACGCAGAUCGACUUGCAACCAUUUUGGUGGAAAAGGCAAUGGAGGCACUGCCCUUUGAGAAAUCUGAGACUACAACGCCGGUGGAAGAGCGUGUCGUAGGGCAGAGGUUGGCAGCAAAAGAGGUCUGCGGAGUAACCAUUAUACGAUGGGGUGGACCGUUGGAACGUGGUCUGCAACGGGUCCUAAGAGACAUUCCCCUUGGCUCUCUGCUAAUACAACCGGAACCAAACACGAGUGAACCACUUUUGAUGCACUGCAUGCUUCCUGCCUGUGUGCGUGAACGACAUCGAGCAGAGGAGGCAUGGGUAAUCGUAUUGGGGUCUCAGAUUGGGACCGGUUCGACGGCAUUUAUGACAAUUCGGAUCUUGCUCGACCACGGGGUCCGUGAGGACAGGAUCAUUUUUUUGACCUUUCUCAUUGCGCGUGUCGGUGGGAUUGCCGUUGUCAGACGUGCGUUCCCAAAGGUGCGCAUCAUCACGGGUGCUGUGGACAACGAGGUCAAAGAGAUUUGGCGAAUGGACGGUGGUGGCGAAGGCGUCAAAGGGCAAGGAAAGGGUCGGAAGGAUUGGAAGAUUGAGCCGGGAUUAGGUGAUAUCGAGAGCCGUUAUUUCUGA